CAUCGCGCAGUGGGCAACAGAUCAGCCCGUAGCACAUGAGCUCGUGCUAUUCGAACAUGCCUUAAUGGUGCAACGGAGCUCGGUAUAUAAGGACUGCCACAUAGAGUAAUUUAUGUUUUCGGUUCCAGUUCCGCGGUUCAAACCUGGCAGCCUAACUGUAGCUCGCAUCGUUGAUGAUCAUGACGACCCUCACCAUUAGGACGAAGGAGUUGCUGUGUGUCGCGAUUACUAUAAUCGUGAUGUUACAAGCGCCUGCUUCGACAACUGCCGUGGUUAAUAAUGUCGCUUUCGAGUGGACGCACAUGUUGGACACGCUCAUUUGCCCUCAAGGAGCGACUAACCUUGGAUUUGCACCGUUGACGUCAGCCAUCCAACCUCAGCUGCACCUGGCCCAGUGGCACGCUCUAAUUGCACUGAAAGCCACUGGCGAUUGCACCACUGAGCAGGCAGUCGUCGCAUUCGCCAGCUUCAAGAUCCUCUCCCACUACUUCUCUUGGACACAAAUUUUAGAUUUUAACCUCGGUCCACUACUAGAUCGUCAGCUAAGAUCGAUGGACCUUACGGAAAAACAAAAGAGGCUUUCAAAGCGGAUCGGCCAGACCGUCGCUGUGAAUCUGAUUCGUCAACGGAGCCCAGCAUCAGAGUUCACUCAGGGUCCAGUCCACGCUGCUGUGGACGAUGUUAUCAAUCCCCAAAUUGGUGUGUUCCGCCACUUCGCUACCACACCCGAAGGGAGAGACGCCGCCCACUUUUUCUUCAACCAAAUGGUCUCGUGGAAGCCCUUCGUACUCCCUCACCCGCUUCAGUUUAUAAAGGACUACCUCAGCGAAUUCAAGCCCCCAGUAAUUCCAUCGGCCGAAUGGGACGCUGACUGGGACGGAUUGAAGGAUAUUGGACGUGCCGGAUGGUCGGGCCGCACCGCUGCGAUGAACCUCAGCGCAAAUCUGUACGCGUGCCCUCGCUUGAGCAAUUUCAAAUGUAGCUUCGAGCAGGCUGCGUCUGCUGCAAUCCAAACCGCCUUACCCUCCAACACUUCCCUCUACGACAGCGUCCUCUUGCUUGCCAAGACCAGUGUGUCAAUCCACGACGCUGCUAUCACGCAAGUGACUGUUAAGUUCGGAUUUUGGUUCUGGCGGCCCGAGCAAGCCUUCCGCUCGGGUGAUGGCACUCACGCUCCAAUCCCCGACUGGUCGCCCUACCAUCCAACUCCCUUGGAACCCGAGUACCCAAGCGGAACCGUAACCAUUGUAUCCGCCGGUACGGGGCCCUUGCAGAAGUACUUCGGGAAGGACAAGGACGUGCCUUUCUUCAUAGAAGGUGGAGGCACCUUUAACUGCGAAGGUUUUGUUGGAGUCCCCGUUCCGACUGUGAACUUCACUUCGCUUGAUGCCUUUGUUACUGAAGCUGGGAAGUCACGAAUGUACUCUGGAGCUCAUUACCAAAGUUCUGUCGAUGACGCUAAAGAAAUUGGCAAGAGAGUGGCGGAUUACGUGGAGAAGCAUUGGACGCACACCCAGCCGUCGGGUGUGUUGCCGGAUCCCACAUUCUUGGACAUCUUUGCUAAGGUUGUGAAGAAAUCGGGAGACUUCAGUCCUGUCAGGUACGACGUGAGCGCUUUGAAAUGAGUGAUUUAGAAGGAGACGUGGAGUGAUUUGAAGUGAAUGCUUUCAGAUUUACAAUCUUUGUGUAUUGACCUACAAGACAGUUUGAAUAAGUAAAAGCCAUCCUUUCUCUAUUGAAAACAUGCGCAAAGAAUUGCUUUCCAAGCU